UCAGUUGCUGACGGAACGUGUUUCAAACUCGAUCGAAGUUCGUGUAACGCUGUCACGAAAAAUAUUUUAGAUUUUUUUUUUGUGUGUGCUUAAUCAAGUAUAUGAAAAAAUAGCGAAAAAAAAGUGACCGAGUAGUGAUAACGCCUCUAUUAAAAAAGUUGUCGAAGAUCAAUUUGCUAUUUUGCUUGUACGGGACAAGUACAAGAAAUAAAUCAGCUGAAAAGAAAUUGAAAGAAAAAAAAAUUAAAAAUUGAAUCAAAGGUCAUUCAAGUGACUCCGGACCAACUUUUACUCAAAAAAAUACGAAAAAAAUAUUUAAAAUUUAAUAAACAUGUCAGAAUUGACGAAAGUUGAAGGUUUUGUGACGGGUCAGCCGUUGGUCUUCUUCGUGAAUGGCAAAAAGGUCGUUGAUCCCUCGCCAGAUCCCGAACAAACUCUCUUGGUAUAUUUACGCGAAAAAUUGCACUUGACAGGCACGAAACUCGGAUGCGCUGAAGGAGGAUGCGGCGCUUGCACGGUAAUGGUCUCAAAAUUCGACAUUCAAGCCGGCAAGGAAGUUCACGUCGCUGUCAACGCUUGUUUGACGCCCGUUUGUGCGAUGCACGGAAUGGCAGUUGUCACAAUCGAAGGAAUUGGCAGCACAAAGACGAAAUUGCAUCCGGUUCAAGAGCGAAUUGCCAAAGCUCAUGGCUCGCAAUGUGGAUUUUGUACGCCGGGCAUUGUCAUGUCGAUGUAUGCGUUGCUUCGAAGCAAACCGACGCCAACGAUGAAAGACAUGGAAAUCGCUUUUCAAGGAAAUUUGUGUCGAUGCACGGGAUAUCGACCAAUUAUCGAGGGAUAUCGCACUUUUACGAAAGAUGGCGCUUGUGGCAUGGGCGAAAAAUGUUGCAAAAUGCAGAAAAACGGAAAUGGAACGACAAACGGGACAAAUGGAACAAACUUGGUUAUGGAUGAAAACGACAAAUUAUUUGAACCAUCGAAAUUUUUGCCAUACGAUCCGUCGCAAGAACCGAUUUUCCCGCCGGAAUUGAAGAAAUUUCGCACUUUAGACAACGAUUCGAUUCUUUUUUGUGGUCCUCGAUGUCAUUGGUAUCGCCCGACAAAGCUCGAAGAUUUGCUGAAAAUUAAAAAAGUUUAUCCACAUACGAAAAUUGUUGUUGGAAAUACGGAAGUUGGCGUCGAAAUCAAGUUCAAAAAUUUACAUUAUCCCGUUUUUGCGAAUCCAAGUCUCAUUCCGGAGUUGACGACGAUCGAAAAAACCGCAGAAGGAAUUAAAGUUGGAUCAGCAACGACUUUGGUAGAUACGGAGGCAUUUUUGAAGAGGGAAAUUGAGACAGCUCCGGAAGAGGAAACAAGAAUUUAUAAAGCUGUCGUUGAUAUGAUGCAUUAUUUCGCGGGAAAACAAAUUCGGAAUGUCGCUUCGGUUGGAGGAAAUAUCAUGACGGGAAGUCCCAUUUCGGAUUUGAAUCCACUUUUUACUGCAGCAGGAAUUGAACUCGAAGUACAAAGUCUCGAUCGUGGCGUUCGCAAAGUCCGCAUGGGAACUGGUUUCUUCACAGGCUACCGUCGAAAUGUCAUCGAACCCGAUGAAACUCUCAUUUCGCUCCUGAUUCCCAAAACUAACAAAAACCAAUAUUUCUACGCUUACAAACAAGCCAAGCGUCGCGAUGAUGACAUCGCCAUCGUAAAUGGUGCCUUCAACGUUACAUUCCAAGAUGGCACAAAUAUUGUCGAAAAAGCUUCGUUCGGCUUUGGAGGCAUGGCUCCAACAACUGUUCUCGCUGUCAAAACUGCCGAACAUUUCAUCGGCAAACCAUGGACUGAAGAAACAAUUUCCAAAGCGGUUGAUUUGUUGGAUGAAGAUAUGCCGUUGGGUCCAAGCACGCCCGGCGGAAUGGUUUUGUAUCGUCGCACCUUAACGGGAAGUUUGCUUUUCAAGGCUUUUUUGAAGAUUUAUGGGCGUUUGAGUGAAGUUUUGCCCAAACAUCCGAAAUUGAAGGAGAAUGAAGUCACCGGAGCGGAUGUUUUUCACACUUUGAAUCCCAAAAGUACGCAAUUUUUCGAAAAACGUGUCGGCGAUGGAGACUUUGAUUCAGUUGGACAACCGAAAAUUCACGCUUCUGCCUUCAAACAAGUCACGGGCGAAGCAAUUUACUUGGAUGACAUGCCUCGUGCCGAAAAUGAGCUUUAUCUUGCUUUCGUCUUGAGCACCAAAGCACAUGCGAAAAUCCUCAAAGUUGAUCCGAGUGAAGCACUCAAGCAACCGGGCGUCGAAGCUUUUUACAGUUCAAAGGAUUUUUCGGAUCGCGGGCGUAACAUGAUUGGACCAAUUUUCCACGACGAAUUCCUCUUUGCUGAAGAAAAAGUCACGAGUGUCGGGCAAACGAUCGGCGUAGUUGUCGCUGAUACGCAAAUUCACGCGCAACGUGCCGCGAAAUUGGUAAAAGUCGAAUAUGAGGAACUUUCGCCGAUAAUUGUGACGAUCGAGGAUGCCAUCAAACACAAAUCAUUCCAUUUUGACAAGCCACGUGUCAUUACGAAGGGAAAUUUGGAGGAAGCGUUUUGCAAGGCGGAUCAUAUUUAUGACGGAGAAGCUCGAAUGGGCGGGCAGGAGCAUUUUUAUUUGGAAACGCAAGCUUCGUUGGUUGUGCCAAGGGAUUCGGAUGAACUUGAGGUUUAUUGUUCGUCGCAACAUCCAUCGGAGAUUCAGAAACUCGUGUCGCAUGUCUUGGGAAUGCCCAUUGCGAAAGUUACGACGAAGGUUAAACGCAUGGGAGGCGGUUUCGGAGGAAAGGAAUCUCGUGGAGCGCUUGUUACAUUGCCUUGUGCUUUUGCCGCUUACAAAUUACAACGACCAGUUCGUUGCAUGCUGGAUCGUGAUGAGGAUAUGGCAAUGACAGGCACUCGUCAUCCAUUUUUGUUCAAAUAUCGCGUUGCUUGUACAAAUGAUGGAAAAAUCAUCGGAUGUCGUGUCACUAUUUACCAAAAUGCAGGAUAUUCGACUGAUUUGUCAAUUUCUGUUCUUGAACGUGCCAUGUUCCAUUUCCAUAACGUCUACAACAUUCCAAAUGUUUAUGUCGAAGGUUGGAGUUGCAAAACAAACCUUCCCAGCAACACCGCUUUUCGUGGCUUUGGAGGUCCUCAAGGGAUGUUCCUCGGAGAACACAUCGCACGCAAAGUUGCCUUCUUGACGAAAAAAGAUUACACCGAAAUUGUUAAAAUUAACAUAAUUCGUGAGGGAGAUGCCACGCAUUACAAUCAAAAAUACAUCAAUUGUAACGUUGAAAGAUGCUGGGAUGAAGUAAUGGAAAGCUCAAAGUUCGUUGAACGUCGCAAAGCCGUCGAAGAGUUCAAUAAACAGAAUCGCUGGCGUAAACGUGGCAUCACAAUUGUUCCAACUGGCUUUGGAAUUGCAUUUACCGCACUUUUCUUGAACCAAACGGGAGCCUUGGUGCAUGUCUAUACCGAUGGAAGUGUCUUGUUGUCGCAUGGAGGCACGGAGAUGGGACAAGGAUUGCAUACGAAGAUGAUUCAAGUCGCUUCAAAAACACUCGGCAUUCCAAUUGAGAAUAUUCAUGUUGCUGAAACGGCAACUGAUAAGGUACCAAACACUUCAGCAACUGCUGCUUCAGCUGGUAGCGAUUUGAACGGCAUGGCUGUCAUCAACGCAUGCAAAGUCAUUAACGAACGUCUUGCGCCUUACAAGAAAAAAUAUCCGAACGAACCAUGGAAAUCAAUCAUCGGAAAAGCUUACAUGGAUCGCGUUUCGUUAUCAGCAACGGGCUUUUACGCCACUCCUGACAUCGGUUACGAUUGGGAAACAAAUUCUGGAAAUCCUUUCAAUUAUUUCGUGUACGGCGCUGCUUGUUCCGAGGUCGAAAUUGACGUUUUGACGGGCGAUCAUCAAGUGCGUCGCGUCGACAUUGUCAUGGAUUUGGGUUCGAGCAUAAAUCCCGCGAUCGAUAUUGGUCAAAUCGAAGGAGGUUUCAUUCAAGGCAUGGGUUUGUUUACGCUUGAGGAGAUGAUUUACUCGCCAACGGGACAAAUUCUCUCCAAGGGACCGGGAAUGUACAAAUUGCCGGGUUUCGCUGACAUUCCGGGAGAAUUUAACGUUGCUUUGUUGACAGGAGCUCCGAAUCCGCGUGCAGUUUAUUCCUCGAAAGCGGUUGGAGAGCCUCCAUUGUUUUUGGCUUCGUCUGUUUUCUUCGCUCUGAAGGAAGCGAUUGCGGCAGCUCGUAAGGAUGAACAUUGCGACGAUCAUUAUGGAUGGUUUGAUGUGGUUUCGCCGUUGACUUCUGCUCGCAUUCGACUCGCUUGCAUGGAUUACUUUACGAAAGAGUUUACGCAAGAGGAGGAAAAAGUAACGCCGUGGAACGUUAUGCCCUGAAAGUUGCUGAAAAUUUGAAAAGAGUUGAAAUCAGCUAUUUUUUUUUAAUAAAAUAUAGAAAUAAAUAUCAAAAUAUUAGAAAAAAAAUUGAAAAUUUAAUAUUUUCUAGAUUUUAAAAUUUUUCAGAAAAUUCUAUUCUAUUUAUAUUUUUUUUUCAUUUAUUUAAACAUAAUAAGGUAAUAUAAUUAAAAAAUUUUAAUAAGGUAAAUGAAAAUUAUGCUAAAAAGUUAACUAUUCUGUAAUUUUUAAAAUUUUCAAACAACUUAAUUUUUUUUUCUUAAGAAAGUAA